AGGGAGCCGUAGUCCCAAAAACCGAUCUGAUAGUCCGGGCUGAGUAGUAAAGAGGGAGCGUGUCCACGCCCCGAAGAACCAAGGCGAGGUGACGCGGAUCGCUCCCCGGGGCGGGGGGGUUGGAGAGGGAGGCAAGACACAUCGUAUAGGGCCUUUGCCAGGCGCCUUUUGGUGACGCGGCCCCCACGCGACUACGCGACGACCGGCCGCAAGCUCCACGUCUCAGGUUCCGCAAAGGCCUGUGGGAGCGGCCGGGAGAAGGAAGGGCCAAAAUGGCAGAAGCGGCUGAGUCUCCAGGAGACCCGGGGACGGCAUCGCCCAGGCCCCUGUUUGCAGGUCUUUCAGAUAUAUCCAUCUCACAAGACAUACCCGUGGAAGGAGAAAUCACCAUUCCUAUGAGAUCUCGCAUUCGGGAGUUUGACAGCUCCACAUUAAAUGAAUCAGUUCAGAAUACCAUUAUGCGUGAUCUAAAAGCUGUUGGGAAGAAAUUCAUACAUGUUUUGUACCCAAGGAAAAGUAAUACUCUUUUGAGAGACUGGGAUUUGUGGGGCCCUUUGAUCCUUUGUGUGACACUUGCAUUAAUGCUUCAAAGAGGCUCUGCAGAUAGUGAAAAAGAUGGAGGGCCCCAGUUUGCAGAAGUGUUUGUCAUUGUCUGGUUUGGUGCACUUACCAUCACUCUCAACUCAAAACUUCUGGGAGGAAACAUAUCUUUUUUUCAGAGCCUCUGUGUGCUGGGUUACUGUAUCCUUCCCUUGACAGUGGCAAUGCUGGUUUGCCGGCUGGUACUUUUGGCUGAUCCAGGACCAAUAAACUUCAUGGUCCGGCUUUUUGUGGUGAUCGUGAUGUUUGCCUGGUCUAUAGUAGCUUCUACAGCUUUUCUUGCUGAUAGCCAGCCUCCAAACCGCAAAGCCCUUGCUGUUUAUCCUGUUUUCUUGUUCUAUUUUGUCAUCAGUUGGAUGAUUCUUACCUUCACUACUCAGUAAAUCAGGAAAUGGAAAUGAAUAACCAGUGAAUUGGAAGCUCAUCUGAGAGAUGGAAUUCAUCGUGGAGCUUUGCUUCUGACCCUCUUUUGUCUAAUUUUGGGGGUGGUUGGUAACUGUAUGAGGAGAUUACAAAGGAGCCACUUAUGUAUGAAACUGAUGUUUGCAAGGCUGUCCUUUUCCUCUUCAUGUUGUUUCUUUAAAAUCGACGUGCAUUGUACAUACAGUAUAACGCCUCCCUCAUGCAUGAGGGGGUCACUGUGGUCCAUUUGGGUGCCAACCAAUGACUUGGGAAGCACAUGAAUACAUCUUUCAAAUUGAGUAAAGUUGGUGAUUGCAUUUCCAGUUUUGAGAAUACCAGUUCAGGUGCAGCUCUGAAACACAUCACCUUAUAUACCUCUUUUUGCAUAAAUAAGAAUGGCUAGUUUUUAUCCAUUUUCUUUUCUCACUGAAGCUUAAAAAGGCAGUGACAGUUUGGCAGGGGGUUUCAUACAUGUGGGCAGAGAAACAUGUAUUAAGCAAUAUUCAGAUUUGAUCUGAAAAAUAUCUGAUUUCUUGCUUAAAAAAGACAUAAACAGGGCUUCCCUGGUGGCGCAGGUGUUAAAGACAGCUCUAUCAAGCUACUGCCAGCCACUACAGGACGGGUUCGAUCCCCCGCCGGCCAGGGAGCUAUCCACAUGACACAGCAGACCUCUCCUGACUCACCCGCUGUUCCCCUCAGCAGUGUAUUUCGGUACAUCUGCCUGUUCUGCUCCCCACUCUCUCUGCUGAAUCCUCUCACCACCCGCACCUCUGGCUUAUUCCCCAGUGCUUGUAUGCACAAAUAAAUAAAUCUUUUAAAAAAUCCAAUCUUUAUUUACAGUCGCCUUUCUGCCAAGCUAAACUGCAACUCAGUCACACUGUAGCUGCUCUAAUUUUUUUUAAAUUAUUUUUAAUGAAGUACUUUUUUCUCACAUUGUUUAUUUUUGGACAGUAUAUGAUUUCUCCCCUUGGGUUUUGUCACCCUAGUUCUCCCACCACUCACCACUCUAGUUUUUUUUUUUUUUUUUAUCUUAAUAGGAACAUGCUGGCUACGGAGUUAGCAGUCAACGUGUAAUUUUCCUUUGAGCUCUCAAAGGUCCAGUACUUGUACUUAUCCUUGUAGAAGACCUUAGAAAUUUAGAUCGGUUGGUUUCUAAUGCCUGUUAUCAUGUUGGCACCUUUUCUUCAAGGCAGAAUGAGGCAGUUUGGAUAUAGCAUAGCUGUAAGGAAUUCUUCAUCAUUCUGUGUAGUAUAACCUCUAACUAGAAAGUAAAACUAGAUCUGAAGCCUGCAUUUAACCAUGGAGGGAUUUGGUGUUCUGAGAGCUGAUUCACAAAACAGUUGGAUGCUUGAAGCUUGACCUACAGUGAUUUGGGUUUACUGCAGCUUCCACCUUUUCAUAGUGGGCUUAUCAGUUUUUUCAUUAGAUGUGUUUUGGGGUCAGGAAAUGGCAAUUUAGUAUUGGUUUUAGACAUUAUUUGUAAAGCUAAUUAGUUUUCCUUUAACAAGUACUUCUUUUUGUGUAUGUUUUCUCCUACUUGCAUUAUCAGCUAUUUAUGCAUACACAUGUGAAGGCUUUCCAGGGAGCAAUGUUUGGGGCAGGUUGAUUCUGAGCUAAGUAGGACUCCUUUAAGGAAAUAUGAGUUGCUGCCUUCUAUAAAUUGUACAUUGAAGAACUCUUAAUAGACAAAGAUUAGGAGUCAGCAAAAAUAUUCAUUGUAAAUAUACGGUUACUUAGAUGGCAAUUUCUUAUAGAAUUUAAAUAUUCUUUUUGUAUUUAAAGAUUACCUAAACAUAGCUACAUAGUUUUAAAAACAUAUUUCUCCAACCCCAGUCUAACCAAAUGAACAAUAAUAAGACAAAUGAAUUCUCAGGGCCUCCCCAGUGGCGCAGCGGUUGAGCGCUGGGUUGCGAAGCUGCCCGCAGCCUCUGCAGCGCCGGUUCGAUCCCGGCCACUGGGUGAGGGUCCCACAUGGCAUGCAGAUCUCUCCUGCUGCCCGCUGCUCCCCUCAGCAGUGUACUUCGUCACUCUGCCAGUUCUACUCUCCGCUCUGGCUCUGGUGAAUUCUCUCACCCUCCCGCGCCUCUGACUGUACCCAGUGCUUGUAUAAAUAAAUAAAUCUUUAAAAAAAAUGAAUUCUCAGAAUGAUACUCAUUACAAAAGCAUUACAAAGUUGGUCCCUUCCAUCUAAACCUUGUCCAAACUAUUUGAUUAUAUAUUUGUAUUUAAAUUUCUUUUAAAUUUUGAAAUAGGCCUGUGAGGACAAAGCUGGUGUUUCAAUUGUGAAUUGAUAAAGAAUAUUUUGAAAGUGGUCCAAACUUUGAAAUCGUUUCAAAUGAUCAUUCAUGUCCAUUGUUGGAAAAUUUCCAACUUCACACUAAAGUCAUCUCUUCCAAAGUUAUUUCAUAAUAUGUCCCAAUGGUUACAAUAUAAAAUUAAAUAGCCAUGCUUCUCAAAAGGGAAUUAAGUCUUUACUGAAUUUUACUCAGGCUAAAUGUUUGGUUAGAAAUUCCUGGGCCUCCCUGGUGGUGCAGCGGUUGAGCGCUGGGUUGUGAAGCUGCCUGCAAGCUCUGCAGCGCCAGUUCGAUCCCCGGCCGCUGGGCGAGGGUCCCACAUGGCACACAGACGUCUCCUGCCGCUCGCUGCUCCCCUCAGCAGUGUACUUCGUCAGUCUGCCUGUUCUAUUCACUGCUCUGGCUCUGGUGAAUUCUCUCACCCUCCUGCACUUCUUACUGUACCCAGUGCUUGUAUAAAUAAAUAAAUCUUUUAAAAAAAGUACAAUCAUUGUUUAUUAAAAAAGAAAAAGAAAAAAUUCCUAAGGCCCUGACUUUCAGGGGGAUUGUGUGUGUGCAUGAGAUGGUGUUAUAUGUAUUGAUUUUUAAGGCAGCUUGUUCUGCUGCUCUUGGGUGAUGUAGGGAAUGGUUUUAGUUGAUUUAACUAAAGGUGGGCAAAAUGGAGAUUGUUGCUACCCUAAAAAUGAGUGAUCAGUUUGAGGGUAUAAGUAAAUAUUUUCUUUAAAAAAUUAUGCAAAUAUAUGCUUUCUGUGAUGGAAGAGCUGAGUUUCUGGAAGUUGCAGCCCUGAACAAAACUUUCCCUGAUUUGCUGCAAAGGCACAUAUCUAAUAGGAGAACUAGGCAGGAAAGGACCUCCAACAAUGGAAACCCUGUUUCAGGAAUUGGAAAAUUCAUGCUUCUGAUGAAAUCCAAGGAUUAUAAGCAUCAUUGCCAAAUAUGGUACAUCAGUGCCAUCGAGGUUUAUCAUUUGCUGCCCCCGCUUCCGAGACUGAGAUACAGUUGUCAUAUUCUUUAGCAAUAGGGAAAGUGAGAGUGGAUUUAAUCACUGUUCAGAUUAUAAAAACUCAAUCGAUGGGAACACAUUUGAAUGUACAGUAUAGUUUUAAAAGUCAAACAUUAAUUGUCAAGUCUUUUGCCUGAGGCUUAUUACAUGAGUUGAAUUGGAUCUUUUUAUUAUAGUGGGAUUUUUCUGUUGUUGGCUAACCUGGGGUCACAGGCCAUGGGACUGGUAAGCAGGUUAUUGUUUUAUGUAUUACUAUGUUUUUUGUAAAGUAUCCCCCAAAAUGUGAUUUAUAAGGCAAACACACCUGUAUUUGAACAUUUAAUUAUGUACUUUAUAUAAUCUCACCAUUUUCUGUAUUUGGACUUCCUGUUUAUUUCUGGAGAUUGAAAAUGAAAAUCUUUUGUCAUUUCAAAUUCUUGGGUAACAUCGUUAUUGGAAUUUCUCUAAAGUCUGUCAUGAUAUGAUGAGAUGUCCGUUGCAUGCAGUUGUUUAAUUCCAGAGUGAAACACUGAAAUUGUUAUUCUUAGCUAGGCUUAAUUUCUGAAAUAGCUUGGAUAAAAAUAAAUGUGUGAGUGUCUAUCCAUGUAUGUAAGUUAAAAUACUUUUUUUUAGGUUCUGUGGGCUUUUAUUAAACUUUAAGAAUUUCAAGGGAUUUACUUAGGCCAUGGGAUGGCCUAUAACAGUAAUAUUCCUACUACUAAUAGCUAACAUUUAUUGUACACUUACUGUGUGCCAGGCACUAUUCUAUUUUUAAGAGUUUUUUUAUAACAGCUUUAUUGAGAUACACUUUACCAUGAAAUUAACCCUUUUAAAGUGAUGUACAAUUGAGUGAUUUUUUUCAGUAUAUUCACACAGUUCUGCAGCUAUUACCAUUGUCUAUCUUAGAACAUUUUCAUCAUUCCAUAAAGAAACCCAAUUUCCGUUAGCACUGAGCUCCCUUUCCCCUUGCUCCCCAGACCCUGGCAACCACCCAUCUGCUUUAUCUGCCCCUGUUGGCUUAGCCAGACACUUUUCUUAAGUGCUUUUUAUGCAUCUCCUCUAAUCCUCAACAUAAACUGCUGUAAUUCUCAUUUCGUAAAUAGAAAAUUGAGGACCUCUCCCAAGGUCACACAGUAAAUUCAUUUAAAAUAGGAAAAACAGUACAUGAGAACAUCAUAGGACACAAUUUUGAAUUUCACUGUUUUGUACCUGAAAUAAGUAUACCUUUCCCAGGGGUAUAUUCUCAAUUAUAAGCCACUAUACCCUACAAUUGACUGGAGGUAGAUAACGUGUUUCUUUUUUGAGUGAUGGAACACUAGUAGCAUCUGAGGAAAACAGCAGUUGUACACUGGGGAAGAGUUAGGUUUGCUGCCUUCACCGUCCUUGAGCUCCUUUUCUCUUCCCUCUCCUACUAUCACCCCCCACAUAGGUAGACCCCUGUCCUUUCAAAGUCUUGCGUAUCAAACAACUUCCACCUCUUUUAGUUCUCCCAGAGAAAUGGCUUAGGGCAUCAAAAUUUAACUUGUCUGUUCAAGUGUUUAUAGUCAAGGGUGCAUCUGGUUGUUUCUAGUACCAGCUAUGUUCCUAAGACCUUGGAGCAAUUGUGUAAGAAUGGAAUGCCUUUUUAUUUGUAUUAAACUAGGUGGCGGGAAGAAAUAAUAGACUAAAGGCUUUGCCUUAGUGAAGUCAGUGUUCUUGCUUGGUAGGAAGUGGCCACAUGCUGCUCUUGUUCAUUCUGUUCUCUUUCAGAGCUUUUAUAUUCUGCACCAUUGCUUUGGUAAUUUCGAGGUCCUCUUCUGUAUACCAUUUUAAUCCCAAUCUUUCUUAUAAAUGACAACACACCUGGGAAAAGAAUAAUCUGUAAAAUGAUUUGUGAAUGUUAAAAGUGCAAAUAAAAGACAUGGGAA